AUGUUGGUGAAUUUCAGCUACAGUGCAGCCAAAACCCCUCUGAAUGGUCGGAUAUGUCAGAUCUGUGGUGAUGAUGUUGGGCUCACUGAAACUAGAAAUGUCUUUGUUGCUUGUAAUGAAUGUGGUUUCCCUUUGUGUCGACAUUGUUACGAGUACGAGAAGAAAGAUGGAACUCAGUGUUGCCCUCAGUGCAAGACUAGAUUCAGACGGCACAAUGGGAGUCCUCGUGUUGAAGGAGGUAAAGAAGCUGAUGAUUUCGAGAAUGAGUUGGAUUAUGCACAGGAAAACAACAAGGAAGAGUUCUCUUCGUCAUCUCGACAUGAUACUCAACCGAUUUCUUUUCUUACUCAUGGACAUCCGGUGUCCGGGGAGAUUCCUACGCCGGAUACUCAAUCUGUAAGAACUACAUCUGGACAAAUAGGUCCCUCUGAUAGGAAUGCUGCUCUGUCUCAUUCUAUUGAUCCACAGCUACCUGUGCCUGUAAGAAUCGUGGACCCAACGAAAGACUUGAACUCUUACGGGCUUGGGAAUGUUGACUGGAAAGAAAGGAUCGAAGGUUGGAAGCUGAAGCAGGAGAAGAAUAUGAUACAUAUGACUGGUAAAUCCCAUGAAGGGAAAGGAGGAGACAUUGAAGGGACUGGUUCAAAUGGUGAAGAACUCCAAAUGGUUGAUGAUUCUUGGCUUCCUAUGAGUCGUGUGGUUCCUAUCCCGUCCUCUCGCUUGACACCUUAUCGUAUUGUGAUAGUUCUCAGGCUCAUCAUCUUCGGAGUCUUCUUGCAUUAUCGUGUAACUCAUCCUGUGAAGGACGCGUAUCCCUUGUGGAUGACCUCAGUUAUUUGUGAGAUAUGGUUUGCCUUUUUUUGGUUUCUUGAUCAGUUCCCAAAAUGGUAUCCCAUUAACAGAGAGACUUUUCUUGACAGGCUUGCUUUAAGAUAUGAUAUAGAUGGUGAGCCAUCACAGCUAGCUCCUGUGGAUGUCCUUGUUAGCACGGUGGAUCCAAUGAAAGAGCCUCCUCUUGUAACAGCAAACACGGUUCUCUCGAUUCUUGCUGUAGACUAUCCAGUGGAUAAAGUUGCGUGUUAUGUUUCUGAUGAUGGUUCGGCUAUACUAACUUUCGAAUCGCUUUGUGAAACCGCCGAGUUCGCAAGAAAAUGGGUGCCUUUCUGCAAGAAAUUCAACAUUGAGCCUAGAGCUCCAAAGUUCUAUUUUUCACAGAAGAUAGAUUACUUGAAGGACAAGAUCCAACAUUCUUUUGUCAAAGAGAGACGAGCAAUGAAGAGAGAGUAUGAGAAGUUUAAAGUGAGGAUCAAUAUCCUUGUAGCUAAAGCACAGAAGAUGCCUGAAGAUGGCUGGACAAUGCAGGAUGGUACUCCCUGGCCUGGUAACAAUCCUAGAGAUCAUUCUGGGAUGAUUCAGGUCUUCUUAGGCCAUAGUGGAGGUCUUGAUAAAUAUGGAAACGAGCUACCUAGGCUCAUCUACGUGUCUCGUGAAAAGCGUCCUGGAUUUCAACAUCACAAGAAAUCUGGAGCUAUGAAUGCCCUGAUCCGUGUCUCUGCUGUGCUUACCAAUGGUGCAUAUCUUUUGAACGUGGAUUGUGAUCAUUACUUUAACAACAGCAAGGCGGUUAAAGAAGCCAUGUGUUUCUUGAUGGACCCUGCUAUCGGAAAGAAAUGCUGCUAUGUGCAGUUCCCACAACGUUUUGAUGAUGUGUAUUAUGUUGUUGUGCAGAUUAACUUGAAAGGGUUAGAUGGUAUCCAAGGUCCUGUGUAUGUGGGGAGCAGAAGCAUCAAGAGAAGUGACUCCAAUGCUUUGAUAUUCAAUAUGGAUUUGGAAGAUAUCGAUAAGGGUGUUGAAGGCUAUGAUGAUGAGAUGAUGUCUCUUCUUGCGUCUCAGAAAAGUCUGGAGAAACGUUUUGGUCAGUCACCGAUAUUCAUUGCGGCUACCUUCAUGGAGCAAAGAGGUCUUCCACAAACAACAAACUCUGCGACUCUUCUCAAGGAGGUGAUUCAUGUCAUAAGCUGUGGUUAUGAGGCCAAGAGUGAAUGGGGAAAAGAGAUUGGGUGGAUAUAUGGUUCUGUGACAGAAGAUAUUUUUACUGGUUUUAAGAUGCAUGCAAGAGGUUGGAUAUCUAUCUACUGCGUGCCUCCACGCCCUGCGUUUAAAGGAUCCGCACCGAUCAAUCUCUCUGAUCGUUUGAACCAAGUUCUUCGAUGGGCUUUGGGAUCUAUAGAGAUUCUUUUGAGCAGGCAUUGUCCUAUAUGGUAUGGCUAUAAUGGAAGGUUGAAGCUUUUGGAGAGACUUGCUUAUAUCAACACCAUUGUCUACCCAAUUACAUCUAUCCCGCUUUUUGCUUAUUGUAUGCUUCCAGCUUUUUGCCUCAUCGCCGACAAGUUCAUUAUACCUGAGAUAAGCAACUCUGCGAGCUGGUAUUUGAUACUGCUCUUUGCAUCCAUCAAUACAACAGCAAUCUUGGAGCUGAGAUGGAGUGGUGUGGGCCUUGAAGACUGGUGGAGGAACGAGCAGUUUUGGGUAAUCGGAGGGACAUUGGCUCAUUUUUUUGCGGUGUUUCAAGGUCUACUCAAAGUUCUUGCAGGGAUAGACACAAACUUCACUGUCACAUCAAAAGCCUCUGAUGAAGAUGGAGACUUUGCAGAGCUCUACAUCUUCAAAUGGACAUCUCUUUUUAUCCCACCAACUACAAUCUUGAUUGUGAACCUUGUCGGCAUCGUGGCCGGUGUCUCAUACGCCGUGAACAGUGGGUACCAGUCGUGGUACAACACCAUUCUAUCCUAUGGUUGCAGAAUCAUUCAACCAUGACCUGAUUUGGUUCAUCAGAACCAUCGUGUUAAUCUGAUUAUAGCAACAAAGCUCAGGUUUCCUCGUUGUUGUUGUUCUCAACGAGUAUUUUCUUGCAUGCCUCGUAACACAUGAAGGAGAUUCCAGCUGCAAGAACCAACUUCAAGCAACUAGGUCCAAGUACAGACUCUGUACCAACCCGCAAAACCUUCUUGCUCGAGUAUACAGACAAGAGCAUGCAACAUGUUCUUGUAAACAACUCUCCCACCAACUGCUCCCACCUGCAUAUGCUUCCGAGCAACCUCCAAGGGGAAAGUCGCGGUACUCGACAACGCGCCAGCUAAAGAACCUAUCAAAAGAGUCGAUGUUCCCGAUGCUCUGUUUCUUCUACAGUUUCCUGUAUGCUUUCCUUAAGGAAUCGUAGGCGAAGUAGUUCGUUGCUGCGUAUGGAACCACUCCUAUAAGACUCGGAGCAAGACCUCUGUAAAGUUCUGUUGGUCCUUCCUCCUUUAUUAUUUUCACAAACGCAUCCAAUAUCCCUUUGUAUACACCUCUCUGCAAAUGUAAUACGGGUCUUGACUAGCUCGAGGGGAUAUGUCAAGAGGGUCUGGCUAACACCAGCACAGGCACCCGCGAGCAAUGAAGCCGGGAUGGGGAUUUUUGACUCUUCUCCGAGCUUUGGAGUCAACUUCUUGUUAACUGUCUCGAAUACAAAUACCUCAACGGCACGACCAGGUGCUACUCGAAUGACAUUGACCAAAUUACCCCUGAAGAGACCUUUCCAUCCUUCAUGCUUCAUGAUAUCACGGAAAACCUCGGUGGUUGACUCACCGCCGCUUCCCACCAUCAGAUGAGUCCUAAUGGUCUCCAAAGGAGCAACCACCGUCCUCGAAAUCGCUCCGGCCACAGCUCCGCUUAACAGCCACCGUAAAGAAGGAUUCGAGAUCUUAAGCUUCAGUUUCAACCCUCCUUUCAUCUUCUUCUUCUCACCAUUCAGUUCUUCCACUUCCUCUUCUUUGGAAGUUGAGUACUUUGUGCAUAGAUCAUUGAGCUGAGAAGCGAAGCCAUUGCAUUGUCCUCUCUGUUCGGAGGAUCAGAAAUAGGUCCGGACCCCAGUCCUGACCCGAAUCCAGCUCCUAAUUGAUUAACACUCGCGAACAAUCCACCAAUUGGACGGUGAUUUUGGCUCUGUAGGCUCCAAUCGGAUCCCAGAUCGGAAACUGAGAAAAACCCAUUUCUCGAGUCGUCAAACAACUGGAUUCCAGUCUUGGUCAUGAAAUACAGUUUCUGAUUCUGAAGCUUCUGGAGUUAGUGGUAGUGACAGUGAAGAUUUCAUGAGCUCCACAUCUUCCUGGAAAAUAAGAAAGCUGAGAAUUUGGAAGAAAGGGCUCGACGGAAAUCUUGUGUCGACGAUGAAACUUGGGGUUGUCUCUUUCGUCGAGACGCCUUAGGGUUUUACUGAUGGUGGUGCUUGCAGGUGAUGUCCUUUUGAAUGGGUGAGUGGUUGGGGGCGG